GCUUCUAGACCUGGACCGGGAUCUUGACCUGGAUCGGGAUCUGGAGACAGACGAGGACUUUGACUUGGACCUCCUGGCAGAUCUGGACUUGGAGGUGGAACGAGACCGAGAGCGUGUGCGAGAUCGGGACUUGGAGCGGCUGUAGCGGGACCUGCUGCGGGACCUCGAGCGGCUCCUGCUCCUGGAGCGGCUGCGGCGGCGUCUCCGAGGGCUGAAACGCACCAAGAGAGGGAGAAAAGAAAGGAGUUAAAAGUUGAAUACAGGCACUGCAAGAGACUUCAGUGAGAGUGCGGGACAGUGAGGGCAGAAGGGGCCCCACGUGGGCACGCGUGGUGAGGAGGGCGCCAUUGUUCAGAGCGAGUGGCCUGCGGCUAAAUCUGUUCUGGGCUGAAACCCUUCUGCUCCACGUGUCUUUGCCGCUCAACUCCUACUCCCCUCUCCCAGCCCCGCCACGGAACUCACUCGGGAAACCAAACAAAACCAGGUUGCCCCGGUUGUACCAGCGCCCAGCCCAACCCCCUGAACCUCGGGCGCUCACCUGCGGCUGCGGCGGCCGUAGCCACUGCUCCCGUAGCGGCGCGGCGGCGGCCCGCGGCGGCUGUGGUGCGAGUCGGGGGGCCGGCCGUAGCGGGCCAUCUGCACGCGGAGCUCGCGGCCAUCCAGCACGGCCCCGUCCAUGGCGUCCAUGGCGUCCUCCGCGUCGCGUUUGUCGUGGAAACGGACGAAGGCGAAGCCGCGGCUCUCCUUGGUGUAACGGUCCCGGGGAAUGUAGACGUCGCCGACGCGGCCGUACUUCUCGAAGACCCUCCGGAGCGUGUCCGGGGACGUCCGGUAGGUCAGGUUGUCCACCUUGAGGGACGUCAUGCCCUCCACGUCCGGCGGAGGCCGCCCGUAGCUCAUGGCGGGCAACUGCCCCCGAGGGGCGGCGGCGGCUGAGGAGAAGAGACCCGAGGGAAGGGAGGAGGGGAGUCAGGCGGCGGCGCGGCCCUGAGCGGGGAAGCGCCUCACACCGGAGGGGGAGCGCCGGAGCGGCGGCCCAGCGGAGUCCAGAAAGGAGGAGAGCUACAGGGCAUAGGGGAACGCCGCGGGGGGAUCCUCAGCGGAGAGGGAGGUGCGGACACCCACCUCUGCGGUCCGGGGGGGGAGCGGCGGCCCGAGGCCGGAGCGAGGCCGAGGCGCUGGCAACGGCCGCCGCGAGGAAAUGAACGGGCGCCGCCCGCGCGCGCCUACUUAACGCCACAAAAUGGCCGACGGCGACCCGGAAGCGAAAGCGCUGCCUCACGAGCCGUGGCGGCGGCCGUGUCGCCUGUCCGCGUCCCUUCGCUUUGUCUCCACCGGCCGCGAGUCCCGGAGGCGGCCGCGGGGCGAGCGAGGAAAAUCACUCCCGGAAUCAAUUACUCGGUUACCGGGGAAAGGGACCGCUGGGGCGGCUCCGCCGUGACCCGGAAGGACUCGGCAGAGGCGGGGAACAUUUUGAACAAUGUGUGGCGAAAACGGUGAUUUAAAGGCUGUGGACCAGAACUCUGAUUUAGAACAAUGGCAGGAAACUGAGCUGAUUAAGUAGCUUAUCUGUGGAAAACUGCUUCAUUUGGGAGAAAAUGAUGUCAUGAAGGAGGAACACACUGCAGUUGGCUCCUUAACUUCAUGGGAAAAGAGGUUAAGAGGAAACUGUUAGAAGAAAGCAACUUUUCCAGGCUGAAGCUGAAGACUUGUCAAGGAGCACAAAAUGUCUCCAGAAUGCAAAAAACUUUUCAACAUCAUUAUUUUGGGAGUGUCUUUUAUGUUCAUCUUCACAGCUUUCCAAACCUGUGGAAAUAUUGCGCAAACUGUUAUCACAAAUUUAAACAGCACAGAUUUUCAUGGCAGUGGCUACACAAGCAUGUCCGUUAUUUAUGGAGUAUUCUCUGCCUCAAAUCUUCUGUCACCCUCAGUGGUGGCAAUAGUAGGACCUCAACUCUCCAUGGUUGUCAGUGGUGUGUUUUAUAGCCUAUACAUUGCAGUUUUUAUCCAACCUACUACAUGGGCUUUCUACACAGCUUCUGUUUUCAUUGGCAUUGCAGCUGCUGUCCUCUGGACAGCACAAGGGAGUUGCCUGACUGUAAAUUCUGAUGAAAACACCAUUGGGAGGAACAGUGGGGUAUUUUGGGCACUCUUACAGUCCAGCUUGUUUUUUGGAAACCUCUAUAUCUACUUUGCUUGGCAAGGAAAAACUCACAUAUCAGAGAGCGAUCGCAGAACUGUCUUCAUUGCUCUGACUGUUAUCAGUCUUGUGGGCACAGUUCUGUUCUUUCUGAUUAGGAAACAAGAGGACACAAAAGCUCCAGGAGAGGAAGAUUCUGCUAAUGAAAUCCUGGGGGACAGCUCGUCUGCAGAAAACAAACUGACGAGAGCAGUGACUGCCUUCAAGAAAUCCCUAAAGCUCAGCUUUACCAAAGAGAUUCUGCUUCUCAGUGUUACAACAGCCUACACAGGUUUGGAAUUGACAUUCUUUUCUGGAGUCUAUGGGACGUGUAUUGGUGCUGUGAAUCGGUUUGGCAGCGAUGAGAAAAGCCUUAUUGGCCUCUCUGGUAUUUUUAUUGGUGUUGGAGAAAUUUUGGGUGGAGGCAUCUUUGGUUUGCUGAGCAAGAGCAAUGGCUUUGGCAGGAACCCUGUUGUGAUGUUGGGCAUCGUUGUCCAUUUCAUAGCUUUUUAUUUAAUUUUUUUCAACAUGCCAAAUGAUGCCCCAAUUGCUCCUAUGGAAGGAACAGAUGAUGUUGCUUAUAUGAUUCCAAGCAAACAGGUGGCCAUAUUCUGCAGCUUCCUGUUGGGCCUGGGGGACAGCUGCUUUAACACCCAGCUCCUCAGUAUUUUAGGAUUUCUCUAUUCAGAAGAUAGUGCUCCUGCCUUUGCCAUCUUUAAGUUUGUGCAGUCCAUCUGUGCUGCAGUUGCAUAUUUCUACAGCAACUAUUUCCUUCUGCAAUGGCAACUCCUGAUCAUGGUGGUUGUGGGCUUCUUUGGAACAAUUACCUUCUUCACAGUGGAGUGGGAAGCAGCAGCAGCUCUUGCUGCCCGUGGCUCGGACUACAGCAGCAUCUGAUCUGGAUACCGUACCUCAUCCAGUGUAAGGGAAAGCACAGGCACACUUACUGCCCAGUGAGGCAAGAAGAACUGAUUCUGCAGAGUUAUCUCUGCAAUUUGCUGCAGAGAUAAAGGUGGUGGAGGCUGCUACUAAAUCACCAUCAGUCUAACUGAAUGUGAAAGAUGAGAGAAAGAAAAUGCCAAAUUUGAAAGGCUUUUUUCGUGCUUUAAUCAAAUGAGCAUGGGAUGAGUAUUCUUCAAAACCCAGUUACAGAGAUGGAAGGAAAUGUAGGGAUCUAUGUAUUGAACAGUUCUGUCCUGAGACCUUGCAGAAUGUCAUUGCCUAAUUUCACUCUGCCAUGCACUACAGAAUUAAGGGUUUUCCCCUUAAAUUCUUUUUCCUAUAGUCUAAAUCUGCAGCCACUUGAGUUCUUGCAUUGCACAAGUGAUGUUUUUAUGAGUUACGUUAUAUCACAGAGUGUGGCUGCACAACUGGGAAAUUGAUUGGGGCCAUUGUCUUUUUUUCAGCAAUUAGAUAUGCAGAAGUAUUUCUGUGGGAAAUGGUGCUGCCUUAUUCAGUAAGUUCCUUGUUUCCCAGCCAUUUUGUUUAUGAAUCUGUUUCAUCUGCUGAAAUUUGAUCAGAGCAUGGGUUUUAUUGAAGAGAAUGAAUCAAGUUGCAGUGUGACAUGACAAGUUUGACAAGAAUUUGAACAAGUUACCCAUAGCCAUCUUAAGGAUGUGAUGCUGAGAGCUGAGGAGUGUUGAUAGCUGAAAACAGGCUCUUAGUUCAUCAUCAGAACUGAGCUCUGUUGGGAUGGCUGCUGGAACUUUCUCAGGGUAAUGCUAGAUGAAGGACCAUAAGGCAUAGCUUCCCUCACAGACUCCCAAAUGCUUCUUUUGAGGUCACUGAAAUUUGCAUUGUACUCUGUGAAGGGAGCAUUGUCUAAGAUCACUUCUUAAAAGUACAGACUCAGAAUGUGAACUGGGAGAGUAGUUUUGCAGUGUUUAUUCUACUGCAUAGUCUAAAGUUACCUGAAGUGCUUGAUAUAAGUAGUUUCAUUCAGUAUACUUGGGGAGGUCUGUACUGUAAUCCUACUCUGCCAAAUGUGAAAACAAGGUCACUUGCAUAGUACUAAGUUUUAAUCCAAAACUGUUAAGAGAUGAUACAAUCCAGGCAGUGAGUACAACUCAGUUUUAUCUGUCUCCAUGACCUCUGUAGUACUUGCAGUUGUGUUUCUGUCCAGCGGGCAAACAAGAUGCAGCUGAGAGCAGGGCUGGAACACUGAGAAGGUGGUUUUAGGCACUCCAUGUGGCUGUUUCCAGAGAAGUACCAUUUGCUAACUGUUUUUUUCUAAGCACAGUCUGAGUGUAAAUGUCUUACCUUUAAAGACAAGCAGUCAGUGUGUGUCACUCCCUCUGCCUGUCCCCACUCGAAGGUGUGCCCAAGGUUAAGCUUGGUGAAGGGAGUACAGUGUCUCCUGUGACAUUUGUCACGUGCUCUCACAGGGCAUGUAAUACACAGCUCCCAUGAAGCACAGCCCUCUUCACCCAGUGAAACAGCAGAGGGGGAUCUCUUACAGGCAUGCCAAAAGGGAUUUGGAAAUGCAGGUUUUUGCUGUGAGCAUCUGUAAGGUGUUAAUGGGAGGAUGAGAGGGCAGCUGCACGCUUGGCAAGCAAAGAAAUCUAUAAGGACAAGCAGGAGAGAAAGCCUUUGUGUAUUCCCAGGAGAUUUCAUGAAUGAUGUAAAGGAGAAUGAGACAGAACACACAUUUGAGCAAGGGCUUACUGAAGCCAUUCCAUUUUGUCAGACAAACUGGAAAAGCCUUCAGUAUUCAAUCAAUACACACGAUUAACUUGACUAGCAGCACUCUAAUGCUUCUCUUAUCCACUCAUCCUGUAGUUGGAAGCAUAUUGUUUUUAUACACUGAGCACUGUAAAAGGUAGGUAGAGACAAUAGGAUGCUGCCAGUGAUUAGCAUUCUCUUGUUGGUACACAUUUGUAUUUUCUCCCAAGUACCAAAAAGGGAUGAAGAGCUUUUUUAAGAUAGUGACUGAUUUUUAUCUCCCAACUCUUCCUGGGACCAGCUUUCCCCUGUAUAUCAAUGAGAGAAGAAAGGCUUGAAAGUUAACAAGGAACAAUUUUUGUCUUGCAGUAAAUGGAGAGGGGAAAAAAUGAUUCUUGGGUGUUGUGGUGAUGAGUAAAUGCUUUUAAAGCAAUGCUGUUUAAUUGUAGCUUGGUUACAGCUCUUGUGAGGUUGCUUUUUAAACUGAUCCCUUUUACUGAUGAGCGUGUGUUGUACAUCUGCCAGGUAAGAAUGAUAUCAAACAUUUGACUAGAAGUUGAAGUGCUGGGUCUGUGUAGUUUCAAAAAGCAUUUUGAGACUGACUUUCAGGGAUGCUAACAAAUGAGAACCUGGGGAUUUUCAGUACUUCUGGGAGGCUGAUGCUUUACUAUUUUUUUAUCUUUAUUGUUCUGCUUGGGCUGACUCAAUAUCAGACAACGUUGGAAGGCUGUUGAGAACUAUUUACUGUGUCAUGGGAGUUGAACUAGUACUGCUCUGUGACAGUGUUUACAAGAACUCAUGAAAUGCUCAGAACUGCAUCAUGGACAGCAAAUGGAUUGUUUACUAUUGGCUAUAUAAACAUCACUUUUGACAUUUGAUCUUGAGACAGUUCUCAGUUACUCAAGCUGAGGAUGACUCACAGUUGCUUUUCAUUUAUUCAUAUUUCUUUCCUUUGUCAGGAGGUGAAAAAUGCAGUUAGCUGUACAUAACUGUUAGUUUAGUCAGAAUUUAGAAGGACAGUAAUGCUGCCAUCCAUUUCUGAUUCCAUCCCUUAAUUUUCUCAUCAGCAUUUACCAGCCCUGAGACUGUACCCCAGUCACUAACAAUGGCAUGUUCAUCUCAGUGGGGAGCUUACUGGUAAAUUAAGUGGGAUUUCAACACAAUGGCUUUUGCUCUAUUGGGGGUUUGUUUUACAUUAGGGAUUUUAUCCUCAUAAGCAAAAUGACAUGUUAGGUUUGUUGAAUAGUCUUCCCUUCAUUUCCUUUUUCUCUUACCUUUUGAGGCUGUUACUGAGGUUCAGUAUCUUGACAUGUCACAUCCCCAAAUGCUCAAGAGGAAGUGAAAACUGAUAUUCUUGACAUUUGAGUGCCAAAGAAGCUGCUACCAAUUAUUCUUUCAUGCAUACCAUAGAAGAAUAUCUGUAUUUUUUUGUCUUGCCAAUUAGUUUUCAUUUUGAAAUGUGAAUGUAUGGAAAAGGAAGGGUCUGCCACUGCAGAGCUUGUUGCUAAUUAUGUGUGUUUCCUUCUGUUAUGUUAAUUUCAUUAGGUAGAAUCUAUGUUAGCAAGUUGAAACAAGGAAGAGAACCAUUUAUAAAAUGUUCUUUCUAAAGAAUUCUCAUCUCUACAACUAAACUCAUAAGGGAUAGAUGAGAAAAAAUAAACCAACCCACCCCACACACCCCAAAAUCUCCCUCGUGUAUGAAGAGAACCUCAAUGAUUGUUUUCUAGGGCAAUGAUUAAUUGUUUGCUCUCACUAUAAAUAGGAACUUCUGCAUUCAACCUGAUGCCAGUAGACACAACACUCAAUCUUGACUGGAAUUGCACAAGUUUAUUAGUGAAGACAGGAUCUUACAAUCCUGAUCAUUCAUUUCUCUAGCACAAUGAGUUUUCAAAGCCUUCAUCCACACCACUGUCGUCCUUGGAACUCUUGUAGCCCACUUUUGCUAAGUGAAUGGCAGCAGCAGUUAAUGCUGUGUUCCCCUGGUACAUGUCCUAACAUGCUGUCAGAAGUAGUACAAACUGGGAGAAAUCCAAGCUGAAGUUGAGCAGCUGCUUAACACCACAUUUGCCACCCUGAUCUGACCACACUGGCUUGGAAGCAAGGCCGAGACUUCUGUAGCUUUCAUGGGUAAAUUCAGAGUGAUGCUUUGAGUUCAGAGCUUGUGUUAGUACCACAGAGAAGAACCAAUCAGACAGUGGGGGGGAAAAAUAUCCUUGAAGUGAUUGAGAGCAACUCUGGAACUGAGAAUUCCAGACACAGGAGGGUUCUGUGUUCAGUUGGGUUUGGGCAGUUACCUGCUGUUGGCAUCAACUCCAUUAGUUUCAUUUCACACUUUCUUUGCUGUCUUGGUUAUUUCAGCUGAUCCCAUCUCCUCCUCCAAGCUAUGCUUUUUCUUUUGUUUACAUUUCAAUACUGUGCAGAAGUCAAAUUGAAAUGAUUGGAAAGGGUUUAUUUUUACUUUAAUAAAAGGUGUCUUUGGGUUAGAAUUGAUGAUAAUUAAGAACAGGCUCACACAGUGAUUAUCCUAAUGAGAAUGCUGAUUUCAGGUGAGUGUACCUGACUCUUUCAUGGUCACAGCCAGGCAAAUAAAAGUGACUCACAGACUGGGUUUGUUAAUGUGCUC